GCCAGUAGAAGUGGAUGAGAGUCUCCUCAUCGUCAUUAAAUCAGCAGGAACAUCCAGAGAGAGGUGUGUCCUUUCCACCGGAGCUGCAGACAGAAAGCCAGACAGAGCCGGAGGACAGACUGAGCACCGUCCAUCCGUCCAUCCAUCCCUCCGAUCUGUCCGUCCGCUCCCAUCAUGGCCUCAAAGUGCCCCAAAUGCGACAAGACGGUGUAUUUCGCGGAGAAGGUGUCGUCUUUAGGAAAAGACUGGCAUAAGUUCUGCCUGAAAUGUGAGCGCUGCAGCAAGACGCUGAACCCAGGAGGCCAUGCUGAGCAUGAUGGGAAACCUUACUGCCACAAACCCUGUUACGCUGCCCUCUUUGGACCAAAAGGUGUGAACAUCGGCGGAGCUGGCUCCUACGUGUACGACGCUCCUGUCAACGAGGCCCCUGCAGCCGUUUCCAUGGAAACACUCGGCAAACCGGAGGAGGAGAAACGAGCCCCCACACGGGGACCAGUGAAGGCUGCAAGCUUUUCAUCUUUCUCUGGAGGACCAAACAUCUGUCCCAGCUGCAACAAGACGGUGUACUUUGCUGAGAAGGUGUCCUCUCUGGGGAAGAACUGGCACCGGCCCUGCCUUCGCUGCGAGAGGUGCAGUAAGACUCUGGCUCCUGGCAGCCAUGCAGAGCAUGAUGGACAGCCUUACUGCCACAAACCCUGCUACGCUGUGCUGUUUGGACCCAAAGGUGUGAACACCGGCGGCGUCGGCAGCUACAUCUACGACGAUCCCGAGGCCGAAGCUCAGCCUUAAACUCAGCCGCUGCUUCCAACGCGCGAAGAAACAAACACCUGCAGGAGCCUCGUCGUCUCGUUGAUUUGCCUUCAAUGGUCAUUGUGACAAAUGAUAUGUAAUACAAUCACAGGGAUGGAUUACUUAGUUAUUUAUGUUGUAUUUGUAUAUUGUUUAUAUUAUCUAUUUUUUGUAUCGAAAAAAAAAAAAAAAACCUUUAAUAUGUCCUCCCGUGUAAGAUUGAGACUAACAUCUACAUUCAUUUGUUCUCUUUGCCAAAUAGUUACUAUUAACCUAUUAUUGUAGUAGAUUAAAGCUCCUGUGUUUCUUCUUCCUUAAUUAGUCGGUUAAUAAAACUUUUGUGCACUAACAAUAUGUACUGUACGACAACAAAGUACCAGCCCACCUUUUUAUUGUCAGUGUUUUUUGGACACCUGGAUUUGAAAGGAAAAAUAGUGUAGUAAGAAUUCUCACAAACAUUUUAUUGAAUGUUAUGAAUGCUGCUCAGCUGCUUGUAAUGUUUUAUACAAUAAAACUGUGGGAUGUUUCUAGUCUA